AUGAAAGUAAGUCAUAUUAUAUCUUUAGUCCUUACAACUUCUCAACUUUGCACCGCUACAUGGAACCCAAGUCCUGGCGCACGGCGCGUACACGAUAGGAGUGAAUUUGGUAUUUUACAGAAUAAGUCGGCAAAUGAUGCGGCUCGCAAUGCCCCGAUACCAUCUUCAUCUCACUCAACUAAAGCCGCCGCUCCCAGUAAGGCGGUGUCCUCAAGUGCAACCACGCCGACAGCCGCUGCAAAGGCCAAAGGUAGCGCACUACCAAUGCAGGACGAGAUUAAGCGGCUACCAGAAUUCUGCAAAAAGGAUUACCAUUAUAUUCAGAACGCUAUUCAGCUAAACCAGUUGCAAUCAGAAUGUAAUAUAGUCGAUGGGAACAUAUAUAUACUUGGCUACCAGGAACCAGUGAUUGACCUAGGAAAUAUUAACACCAUUGUUGGCGACUUGAUAAUUGAACAGUCAUCAGAACUUUUGAGAGUACAGGGCAGAAACCUAAACUACAUUGGCCAAACAUUUAAGUUGCACGAUCUAACAUCCCUAACUGAAGUCGAUCUACCAAGACUAAAGCAUUUUACCACGCUAUAUUGGCGAGUGGUUCCUAUAUUGCAGACAGUUACUAUGGAACCCCGCAUCAGUUCCGUUAGAUCUGUCUUGAUCUCUGACACGUCCCUUAUCACAAUUGAAGGGUUCUACGGCGCUGAGGAACUAGAGAUCCUCAAUAUUAACAAUAACCGCUACAUGGACCACAUAAAAACCGACGUCAAACGUAUCACUACCCAAUUGAGCAUUUCGGCUAACUCGGAGAACCUUGCCGUGGAGAUGCCUGAGUUGCUCGUUGCUGACAACGUUACUAUUCGCGACGCGGCCUCAGUCGAUUUCCCCAAGUUGGAGUAUGUUAACCAGUCACUAGAGUUGAUUGAAAACAACUUCGAGAGCCUUGAGAUGCCCAAGUUGAAGCGCAUCGGCGGUACGUUUGGUCUUAUUGAUAACAAAAACUUGGAAAAGAUCAACCUAGCUUCUGUGACAGUCGUGAGCGGCGGACUAAUGGUCUCCAACAACACAAAGCUAACCACUCUUGACUUCCUACCAGAGUUGCAGCAGGUGGGCGGUGCUAUCCACUUCGAGGGUACCAUAGAGGAUACGCGCUUCCCGAAAUUGCGUCUAGUCAAGGGCUCCGCUAUGAUUGACAGCGGCGAAGGCAAGCUUGACUGCUCCAAGUGGACACGACCUCUCAGCGGCAACUCUAUUGUCCGCGGGGGCCAGCUAGAAUGCACGUCAGCGGGCAAGCGCAACACUGUGAGCGUGUCCAAGGACGGCGUUGUCAUUGACCGCGACACCACCGAGGUUGUCCACCCCAACGAGAAUAGCGCUGGCUCUAUCAUGAGUAAAAACCAGCUCGGCAAGCUUGUUUGGUCUCUAGGCUUCGGCUGGAUGGUAUUUUUACUAAUAUUCGUCACUUUGCAAUGA